AUGGAGCCAUCCCAGCAGCUCGUGCAGGUCGCCACGCUGCAGGGCCACGACGAGCCUCGGGUGUGGCACGUCGCGUGGUCGCCGUCGGGGCACACGCUCGCCUCCUGCGCCGCCGACCGCGCCAUCCGGCUGUGGGCUGAGGAUGGCGAUCGCGCGUGGGCCUGCGUCGCCAUCCUGACCGACGGCCACCAGCGGACGGUCCGGCGUGUCUCGUGGGCGCCGUGCGGCAGCCUGCUCGCUUCGUGCUCGUUCGACGGCACCGCGAUGAUCUGGCGGUGCGAGGACGGCGUCUUUGACUGCCUCGCCUCGCUAGAGGGACACGACAACGAGGUCAAGGCGGUCGCCUGGUCUCCGUCGGGCAGCUUCGUCGCGACGUGCGGGCGCGACAAGUCGGUCUGGGUCUGGGAGGCCGAGGACGAGGCGUAUGAGGUGGCGGCGGUGCUGCACUCGCACGGCGCCGACGUCAAGGACAUCGUGUGGCACCCGACCGACGAUGUGCUGGCCUCGGCCUCGUACGACGACUCGCUCAAGAUCAUCACGCAGGACGGCGACGACUGGCGGUGCGCCGCCACCCUGCUCGGACACGCGUCGACGGUGUGGGGCCUCGCCUUCUCGGCCGACGGCGCGCACAUCGUCUCUUGCUCCGACGACCGCUCCGUCGUCCUGUGGGCGGGCGGGCCGGCCGAUGCGGCGCCCGCGGCGGCGGCGGCGCCGGCGGCGCCGGCGCCGGCGCCCUAUUCGUACGCCCAGGUGGCCUCGCUUCCCGAGGUGCACUCGCGCCCAAUCUACGCCAUCGAUUGGGAGAAGGGCGGCGCGCGGAUGAUCGCCACCGGCGGCGGCGACGACGCCGUCUGCGCCAUCGAGGCGACGCUGCCGGAGCCCGGCUCGGCGAAGCCGGCCAGCCUGCGGCUGGUGGCGCGGGUCGCCGGCGCGCACCGAGGCGACGUCAACUCGGUGGCUGUGGCGCCGGCGGAGCGGGGGGACGGCCUGCUCGCGUCGGCAGGCGACGACGGGGUGAUCCGUCUGUGGCGCAGGGCAUAAGCAUUAUAAACGCCGACUUUACGUUAA